CAUCGUUCUUGUUAAUGUCCAUUAAGUUUGAUCUGAUAUUCCUCUACUGCGGGGUCUUAACUCGCGUUCUUAUAACUGAGCUCUAGUACACGUACUCGAAUUACCCGGGGCAGGUCUCUGGUGUUUUUCUUUUCCAUCCUGGCAAAGUCCAGUCAUUGAAAUAACUUCUCAUAACGCUAUGAUCAUUCAAUUCCUAUCAUAUUAGUCUAUACCCUCAACAUCACAUAAAACAAGAGACUCCCUAUCGACAAUGCCACCCAAAAACAUCCUCCUCAUGAUCGCCGACGAUCUGGGCCGCGCCCAAAUGAGCUGCUACGGCAGCAAAUCCGUCCAAACGCCCAAUCUCGACGCACUCUCCGCAUCAGCAACGCAAUUCGACAUGGCAUUCACCAGCACCGCCUCCUGCAGCGGUAGUCGCACCGUCAUCUACACUGGCCUCCACACCCACGAGAACGGCAGCUACGGACUCGUCAAAGAGAAGAAUGGAUUCCAAACUCUCCCCAACGUCGAGACCGCCCCCUGGCUCUUCAAUGAAUUAGGCUACUAUACUGGUAUUCUCGGCAAGGUACACGUUAGUCCGGAUCAUUUGUAUCCAUGGCAGGUUCGACGGGAGAGUAGUUCCAGGAACGUGGCGGAGGUGGCGCGUCAAGCGGAGGAAUUCUUCAACGAGGCGAAGAGAAGGAAUAAAUCGUUUUUUCUAACUAUAGGCUAUAUCGAUCCGCAUCGAGCGUUGGGGUCUCGUGGUGGGUUUGGGAAUGUUGAUGGGAAUUAUGAUCCCAGUCUUGACGAUCGGAUUUACACCCCCGAUGAGGUCGAAGUGCCUGGUUUUCUGAGUGAUUUACCAGAAGUUCGUCAAGAACUGGCAGAGUAUUAUCGGUCGAUUCAUCGGUUAGAUCAGGGGAUAGGACAGGUUCUGAAAGCGUUAGAGCGCAGCGAUGCCGACAAGGAUACACUCGUGUUAUUCCUCAGUGAUAAUGGUCCGCCAUUCAUCAAUUCCAAAACAACUCUAUAUGAUGCUGGUGUACGACUGCCCUUUCUCCUACGCGUGCCUGGAUCCGAUUCGACCUCAUCAUCAGGAAUCGUGAACUCCAAUAUCAUCUCGUACAUCGAUAUCCUACCCACGUUCCUCGACUGGGCCGGACAUGGAGACCGACCCAUCGGUGACGGACACGCAGGACCACGUCGAGGACGAUCCCUCCUGCCUAUCGUCCACAGCACAGAAAUCCAUCUCGACCGCUCUCACAUCUUCGGCUCACACACCUUCCACGAAGUGACCAACUACUGGCCGACGCGAUUCAUGCGCACCCGUAAAUACAAAUACCAUCGAAACGUAUGUUGGAAACUCGACUUCCCCUUCGCAAUGGACUUGUAUGCUUCAUUAUCCUUCGAGGGGAUGCGGAACUCAGGCACUCCCACGACACCAGCAAUGAUCGGUCCACGAACACUGAAGGAUUAUAUCUGUCGUCCACCGGAAGAGUUGUACGAUGUGGAGAAUGAUCCUGCUGAAGUACGGAAUUUAGCCUCCGAUCCAACGUAUAAGGAGACGCUGUUGGAGAUGCGUUCUGCUUUGGAAAAGUGGCAGGAAGAAACUGGGGAUCUGUGGCUGUGGCGCGAUGGGACGGCCGUUUUGCGGUAUAGUGAUUGGGGAUAUGAGCGGGAGGGUUUGCGCAUUCCGGACCGGUUUGAUUUUGAUGUAGAGAAUCCAGGGAAUAGGGAGUGAUUGAUUGCAGAUACAAUGAGUAAUUCAGCAAGAAUAGAGAAAGUAGAUUAAUAAAGACG